GGACGAGGAGCAGUGGUUAGUGAAAGAGAGGUGACAACUAAGAAGAUAAGAGUGGGACCCACCGAAUCGGUUACGAUAUCGCCAACCAUCAAGCCAGCCAUGCUCCUAUGUUGUGUGGGCAUGGCGUCACUUGGCACCCCUGCGCAUGUUAGCAGCAACAGGCCAUUGCAGUGUUCCACUUGGAAGGCGAAGCGAGUGAGGUGCGCAGUGUCGUCCCCAAGGCGGCGUGAGGGGCGGCGCACGGUUUCGUUCUCUCUGCUUCUCUCCCACCUCCUUCUCAUUCCUCACCGUGCUGCUGUUCUGGCAAGUCCUUUCGAUAAUUAUGUUAAGAGAAAAAAGCUUGAUCCUCUGGAGGCUUAUGUACCGGCUGUCAUACUUACGGAGUUUCAGAUCAAGGACUUAGAAAAAACAUUAGAGGGUGAUGAACCCCAAUAUGACUUCUGUCGGUCUCUACUUCGUUCUGGGCCCGCAGCAUCACUUCGUGUAAAUAUAAGAGCAGUGGCACAGUAUGCAUCUGACAGUGGCAAUGGUAAAACUGCUUUCAAUGAUGUUGAUGAAUGUCUGAGGUCACUAGAAGAACUUGAUUCCUUGCUUCUUAAUGCAACAAGAAAGGAUCCUGAAGCCUCGGUCAAAUCAAUGAAAACAAAAAUCAAUUCAGCCCUUAACGCUCUAGACAGCCUCUUAAAAACUGUGCCUUCAGAUGUGCUAAGUAAGGGAAAGGUUAUAGCUGAUUCAUACAGGGAACCGGAAGGCGAGGAAACAGCUAGUUUGGACCCUGAAUUAAAGCAACUACAAUCAAUACUAUGAAUAUCUAGCAUGCUUAUUCGCCUUUUAGUAUUAGUCAGCUUACUUGAGAACUGAUUAUAGAACAAUGUUCCAAAGACAGAAUCUUAAAACACAAAUAACAUGUGGAGUGAAGGUUAUUGAUGCGUGUGCAGCACCGGGAAACAAAACUGUUUAUUGCUUUGUACAUUUCAGCUGAAUGCCUGAUUCGGACAGAUCCUGCUAAGCAUGGCGAGGGUUUCUUCAUUGCUUUGUUUGUUAGGAAAGGUGCAUCUUGGGACUGUUCAAAUAAAAACGAAACUAGAAUUUCCCGUAGCACUCCCGGAAUUAAAAACGCGCAAAGAAAGAAGAGACGUAUACCGUUUAUUAGCACGAACCCAUUCAAAAUGUGGUUAUAUGAUCAACUGAUGUAGCUUCCGAAAUGGGAGGAUAUAAGGAGGUGACCAAGAUAAAAUUAGAGAUGUAAAAUGUUUUAAAUUUACUUAUUUUCAUUUAAAACAGUACAUUGUGAAAUUA